AUGGCAGAGACGGAGGUUCAUGCCGGAAGUCCUCCUCCCCACAUACUUGGCUACACAAUUCGAAGUCCCACGAGGAUUUGGGUGUCCUAUAUAGUGCCCACGUGUCUGGGACUCCUCGUUUACAUUGUCCAAACCGCCUCGGACUUGGCCCUGAGUGGCCAGUACUUCAGCCAGAAGGAACCGGGCUUUGGAGCUGGCACCCUGGUCCUGGUGCUCCUGCCACCACUGAUCACCUUCCUCCUGGUGGCGGCGUCUAAGCAGCAGCGGGAUUGCGCCUGCUCGGAGCGGAGUAAAUGCGUUGCCCUUGGCAUUGGAUUGCUCAAGCUCUUACUAUUCCCAUUUUUUGUGAUUUACAGGUUUUGUACGCGCUUGUUUUGGGCCAUCGAGGGACUCUUCCACGACGACGACGAUGUGGAGCGCAUGAAGUGCCUGGCCAAGGCCACGGAAACCUCCAACAUUGAGCUCUAUCUGUUGAUCCAAGCCUUUGCCCAGGCAGCUCCGCAAAUCAUCCUGCAGCUGUACUACAUGCUCACCCAGGAUUUGUUCAGGAACUAUGAAACCUCUGCUGUUCAGGCUUUAUCACUGGUGUUCUCCGCCAUCGACCUGGCUGCCAUAACCACUAGCUAUCACAGGAUCGAAAGUCAGCGGAGGGUGGGUCGCCAUUAUCCUUGGGCCACGCCCCAACAGAUUGAGACUCAUCGCUGUCACUUGGAGCAGAACGAGCGCCUGUGCUGCGAGGCUGAGCGGAAGAAACGCGAGUCCGAGAGGAUCAUCACCAGUUUUCCGGAAUCGGACAAGAUCAUGGAGAACUUCCGUGCGCGCCGUUCACUGCCCAGUUCCGGGGAAGCCACCCAUGAGAUGCACAUCCACGGAGAAGACGAGGUGGAUAACGAUGCUCUGGAGCAGCUGGAAACGCGAGCACUGCUUCACUCUGGUCCCCGGGAUAAUGCCACCGAUGAGGAGAAGAUGCAGGGCACAAGGCCCAAGCUAAAGGUGCGUUACGAGGAUCUAGGAGACCUGGAUACCAUUGAGGUGUUGGACAGCAUACCCGAGACACCGGCGCCACCACCUCCUCCAAAAACGGCGCCACCCGAGUUGCCUGUUCUAAAACCCACCGAAGAUGAUCUUCCAACUCCUGAUCUGCGACGCACAAUGUCGGAUGCUGAGCACCGGAAGAGUAAAAGGGUCACCAGACCCCUGUCCCAGCUGGAGACCUUCAAGGAUAUGCUGCUGGUCAACGCCCAACUGUACAUCAAAGAGAAUGUUCCCCAUCCUCCCAAGCUGCUGAUGGGCAGGGUCAAGGAAGAGGAUCCCGAAGAGCGUAGUAUACUCAUCCCACAGUCACCCAAACCAUCUCCUUUGACGCCCAAGGAUGUGGUGGACUUUUACUUUCCGCGCCCCACCAAAAUACUGAAUGGCAUCCAGCAGGAUGACUUCGCCGGCAGGACUGUGUCCUUCUUCGGGUGGAUUGCCUUUAUAACGAUGAGGAUGCUGGCCUUGUCCACCUUCUGUGUCUUCUACCCGCGGGCUUUCUUCAUCCUGGUUGGAGUACACUAUGCCCUUAUGCUGGGCUGUCUUGCCCUGGAGACCCGUUGUCAAGGGAGCUGGAGUCGCAACCUCUUCCUCCUGCUCCUCGCCUACAUCUAUAUCUUUGUGCUAAUGGAGUUCCGGGUGUGCUUCAAGAGCAUUCGGUUGUGGUACGGUGGCUACCUGGUGGUCACCCUGGUCGAGAACAUUACCAUAACCUCCAUAUGGUACGCAAACGAGGAGUUCGAGUCCUGGUGGUUUGGCUUCAUCUGGGAGUGGAUCGUCUACAGUGGAGUCCUGUUUUUGGCCACCUUAGUCGUUUACUACUGUAUACUCCGACCCAAGGAGGUAUCCCUUAUCGUAGAGGACGAUUCCCCUGCGCAGGAACCAGAGGAGCAAUCCGUUGCCUAGCAGUAACCACUUAGUUUGUUAUAUCGAAGUAGCUUGUAAGUUGUCAAUCAGCCACUGACAAACGAAUAAAUUAUUUACCUAAGUAUUAGCAUUGAACAGAA